UGGAGCGCGGACGUACGGACGAACACCGCGUAUUAAUAGCCGCUGACACCGCAGCCAUACGUGCGGAGAACCCGAGUCGCAUCCCGACCGCGGACCACACCGCACGCACUCAAUUACCAGCGAACCAGACAACUCCAAAUAACAAAGUAUGUCCGCGCUGAAAGUGAGUGCGCGAUCGUAAAUACUGUAUAACAAAAAGUGCGGCCGUCAUUGAAAACUAGUGAAAAGUUUUUUCGCCGCGCGGGGGUGGCUCCCCUGUGCGCCGGAAAAAAUCAUCCCCUCGCGCCCCUCGUCCGAACCUUUCAUUCAGCGUGAAAAAAGUGUGGCAAGGCCGCGUGACGUCACCGCCUCUACUAGCCACGCGCGUAUCCUAGCAACGUGUCAUAUCAUCCGGCUGGCUUAAGAUGCGUGACGAGAGCGAGGGGAGCUGAAGUGAUCGUCACUCGAGUGAAGUGCUGGUGAAAUGUAGGAAGUGGGAUAAGAGUGGACCCUAUGUGUAGUACGCAGCGAGUUAGGGUGUCGAGGAUGCACCUCACAGGUGCGUCCAGUGGCACGGUGUCUCCGGACACCAGUUCCACUCUCCUCCACGAAACGUACACCAAAAUGACGUCAGAUAUACUCGCCGAAAGAACUUUAGGAGACUUCCUCUCGGAGCAUCCCGGAGAGUUAGUUAGGACAGGCAGUCCACAUUUCGUGUGCACAGUUCUGCCUCCUCACUGGCGAUCAAACAAGACUCUUCCAGUGGCUUUUAAAGUGGUAGCUUUAGGUGAUGUCGGCGAUGGUACACUGGUUACAGUCCGAGCUGGUAAUGAUGAGAACUGCUGUGCUGAGCUUCGGAACAGCUCAGCGGUGAUGAAGAACCAGGUUGCCAAGUUUAACGACUUGAGGUUCGUCGGGAGGAGCGGUCGCGGAAAGUCGUUCACAUUGACGAUAACGGUGUCGACGACCCCUCCACAAGUGACAACCUACAACAAAGCGAUCAAGGUGACGGUGGAUGGACCGCGGGAACCUCGAUCUAAAACCAGUUAG